CAUUUCGAUUUUAAGUUCUAAAAAAAUUAUUUGUAAACAAAUCAUAGAAUUAUGUCAGGCCGAGAUAUACUUCCCAUCACUCCCUCGCGAGCCAAUUUGGUGCUCAUGAAGCAACGCAUUGCAACUGCCACCAACGGCCUGAAUCUCCUGAAGCGCAAGCGCGAUGCCAUGGAACUUCAUUUGAGAAAAAUCCUAAGUGAACUGAAAACCAAUCAAGAUCGAGUACAAAAUGUUAUGACAGAGGCCAUGUUCUCCAUGGCUAAGGCCAAAUUUCUGGCCAUCGAUUUAAGAACGGCCAGCAUAGAACAACCCACCCGAGCCAAUGCAUUUGUUAAUUUAAGGAACCAAAAAAUUGUGGGUAUGAAUGUGCCCAGCCUGGAAUUGAUGCUACAACCAGUCACCUCUCUACCCCUAACGGGUCUCGCAGGAGGUGGCCAACAAGUCGAGGUGGUAAGGACUAAAUUUCAAGAAGCCCUCAAGAUUUUAAUCUCUCUCGCCUCUCUGGAAUACAAUGCCAAUGUUUUGCGAGAGGCCGUUAAGCUUAACAAUCGCCGUGUUAAUGGCCUGGAAUAUGUGGUCUUGCCGCGUUAUCACAACACUUUGGCUUAUAUACGAGACGAGUUGGAUGAGUUGGAAAGGGAGGAUUUCUUUCGUCUCAAGUGGUCACAGGCCAAGCAAUUGCAAAAGAAAUCGCAAUUGGCCCGGGAAAAAGAGCAGCAAAGUCCGAGUCAACUUUCAUUGCCUGCCGUGGUUAUGGACUUUUCCGAUUUUAAUAUACAGACCCAUGAUAUCAAGCAAAUGGGUUUGAAAGGUGAUCCCUCAGUGGCUGUUACCCGCAAGACCGUGGUGAGUGUGAGCGGCAACAAAGUGGUUUUGCUGCCAGAGGAUAACAUCAAACCUGUGGUUUUGGGCAGUGGCAAAAAGAAUGCAACACCCAAGCCUAGAGGUGAGGGGAAAUCCAAAAUUAAAACGAAAAGUGUUGUCACGGCCUCUCCAUCAUCGUCAGAAGCCUCAUUGUCCUAGACCAUUCAUACAGCCAGUUCAUCAUUGAGUCAUCCAUCCUUUUAAUUCUACACUUAACACUAGCAAAGCGUUAAAUUUACUUCUGCGUGAUGAUGCACAUUUGUGAUGACUGACACAUUUUUUGUGUUCAUAAGAAAAUAAAAGCAAACUUCAUUGAGGAAUAUCAUGGCCAGUUGUAUUAACUCCCAAACUAAUUGGGGGUGACAGCUAAAAUAAUUAAUUUUUCAUAACUUAA